CGAUCAGGAGCUUUUCAAAGGGAUGUCUAGAAAAGGAACAGACUGUUUUAAUGAUGCUCCUAAUAAUUGCUGAAGCAAAAUUUGCUUAGGACUAAUAUGGGCUUUGGGCAAUUAAGAAUUUUAUGAUUGCCCCUGCUCUGAAUUAGGCCCUCUCCAUUCCCUCGUUUAAAUCCUGCACCAACUCUUUUCUUCUCCCAAGCCAUUUUCAAUUUUCCGCUGCAACAAGAUAAAGUGAUAAACCUCCGUCCCAAACCCCCCUUCUCCCCCAGUUCAAAGUCCCCGCGCGCAGCCCCUUAUCUAAUUGCCGUUCAAGAUUGGCAGAGAGAGAUAAAACUGAACAAAUUUUCUGGCAUGCGGAUGGAAAUGCUAUGGUAAUGUUAGCAUUUUGUCUCCACCAGUUACUGUGACAAUGCUAAAGAAGUGACGGAUUUUUUACCUCUCCCAUACGUGAAACUAAAGAUCCUCCUUUGCACCUAUAAACUGUGAUAUCAUGAGUUCUAUCUUCUCACCGACCUCUCACCUCCGACUUGCACCACUAUAUCAUAGAUUAGGAAGUAAUCUACAUCUACAGUCCCUCUGUUGUUGCUUUAAGCUGUGCCAUUUCCUUGGUGGUCGACAGUCUUCAGUUUUGUGUAAAUUCCCAACCAUUUCGCCUAAUCCCAAGCUCAAGUUUCAAUCGACUCUUGGGGGUACAAGUCCUGCAAAUGAAGGAACAGUUUCUGCGAUUAAUUUUGAAGAUUUAAUGGAGAAGGAUUGGUCAUUUCUUGAGCACGAUGAUAAAAAUUCUAAGGAACAGCACAACCAGAAGCAAGAUCAGAUCAUUUCUGCAGGGGAGGUUGGAGAAACUUCAAGGGUUCUAAUUUCAAUUGGUUCUGAAGAGUUUGUUGAUAAAAUUUUUAAUUCUUCACCUUGUGAGCAAUUGCUUGUUGUUCAUGACUCGUUGUUUAUAUUAGCAAGCAUCAAAGAAAAGUAUGACAAAGUGAAGUGUUGGCAAGGCGAAUUAAUUUAUUUACCAGAGAAGUGGGCACCUUUUGAAGUUGUGUUUUUGUACUUCCUUCCUGCUUUGCCAUUUCAACUUGGCCAGAUUCUGGGAACACUUGCCAAGCAUUGUUUGCCAGGUGCAAGGGUUGUGAUAAGUCAUGUGCAAGGGAGGCAAAUGGUUCAAGAGCAGCAAAAACAAUAUCCUGAUGUAGUAGCCGCCGAGUUGCCAGACAAGACGACUUUGCAAGAUGUUGCUGCUGAUAAUACAUUUGAACUGGUGAAGUUUGUGGAUGAACCUGGAUUUUACCUUGCAGUCCUGAAAUUCCAGACAGAGAACCUUGUUAGAUAGUUUUUACAUGUGCUCAAUUCAAGAAGGUUUUGUAGUGUAUCAAUGGUUGUGCCUGAGUUCCUCAGUACUCUUUAUUGUUCAAGUAGUUA